UGGGACUCCGGCCUCGGUGGCGGGUGGCGAGCGAUCCCGUUAGGUCUGGGGAGGCCAUGGCCGCACGCGCGUUGAGGCUACUCACCAUACAGCUGGCCGUCGCCGCCGCUGCUUGCCGGGCCGAGGUCGAGACCGAGGCGGGAUGGGACAUAGCGGCGCCUGACCUGCUCUUCGCAGAGGGGACCGCGGCCUACGCGCGCGGGGACUGGGCCGGGGUGGUACUGAGCAUGGAGCGGGCGCUGCGGUCGCGGGCCGCCCUGCGCGCCCUCCGCCUGCGCUGCCGCACCCGGUGCGCCGCCGACCUCCCCUGGGAGCUGGACCCCAACUCGCCCCCGAGCCUGGCUCAGGCUUCGGGUGCCGCCCUGUACGACCUGCGCUUCUUCGGGGGCCUCCUGCGGCGCGCCGCCUGCUUGCGCCGCUGCCUCGGGCCGCCAGCUGCCCACUCGCUCAGCGAGGAGCUGGAAUUGGAGUUCCGAAAGCGGAGCCCCUACAACUACCUGCAGGUCGCCUACUUCAAGAUAAACAAGUUGGAGAAAGCCGUGGCAGCAGCACACACCUUCUUCGUGGGCAAUCCUGAGCACAUGGAGAUGCGCCAGAACCUAGACUAUUACCAAACCAUGUCUGGGGUGAAGGAGGUCGACUUCAGGGAUCUCGAGGCCAAACCCCAUAUGCACGAGUUUCGGCUGGGAGUGCGGCUGUACUCGGAGGAGCAGCCUAUGGAGGCCGUACCCCACCUGGAGGCAGCACUGCGAGGGUACUUUGUGGCAGACGAGGAGUGCCGAGCACUCUGCGAGGGGCCCUAUGACUAUGAUGGCUACAACUACCUCGAGUACAACGCUGACCUCUUCCAGGCCAUCACAGACCAUUACAUCCAGGUCCUCAGCUGUAAACAGAACUGUGUCACCGAGCUUGCUUCCCACCCAAGUAGAGAGAAGCCCUUUGAAGACUUCCUCCCAUCUCAUUAUAAUUAUCUGCAGUUUGCCUACUAUAACAUUGGGAAUUAUACACAGGCUGUAGAGUGUGCCAAGACCUACCUCCUCUUCUUCCCUGAUGAUGAGGUGAUGAACCAGAAUCUGGCCUACUAUACAGCCAUGCUGGGAGAAGAACAAGCCAGAGCCAUUGGCCCCCAUGAGCGUGCCCAGGAGUACCGACAGCGGAGCCUGCUGGAGAAAGGGCUGCUUUUCUUCGCUUACGACGUCUUUGGCAUUCCCUUUGUUGAUCCGGAUUCAUGGACUCCAGCAGAGGUGAUUCCCAAGAGAUUGCAAGAGAAACAAAAGUCAGAACGAGAAACAGCUGCCCGCAUCUCCCAGGAGAUUGGAGACCUCAUGAAGGAGAUUGAGACCCUUGUGGAGGAGAAGACCAAGGAGUCACUGGAUGUGAGCAGGCUGACCCGGGAAGGUGGCCCCCUGCUCUACGAAGGUAUCAGUCUCACCAUGAACUCCAGAGUCUUGAAUGGUUCCCAGCGGGUGGUGAUGGACGGCGUCAUCUCUGACGAUGAGUGCCUGGAGCUGCAGAGACUGACCAACGCAGCAGCAACUUCAGGAGACGGCUACCGGGGUCAAACCUCCCCACACACCCCCAGCGAGAAGUUCUAUGGCGUCACUGUCUUCAAAGCCCUCAAGCUGGGACAGGAAGGGAAAGUUCCUCUGCAGAGCGCCCACCUGUACUACAAUGUGACGGAGAAGGUGCGGCGCGUCAUGGAGUCCUACUUCCGCCUGGACGCCCCCCUGUACUUCUCCUACUCCCACCUGGUGUGCCGCACUGCGAUUGAAGAGGCACAGGCUGAGAGGAAGGACAGUAGCCACCCUGUCCACGUGGACAACUGCAUCCUGAACGCGGAGGCCCUCGUGUGCAUCAAGGAGCCCCCUGCCUACACUUUCCGGGACUACAGCGCCAUUCUCUAUCUAAACGGAGACUUCGAUGGAGGAGACUUCUAUUUCACUGAGCUAGAUGCUAAGACCGUGACGGCAGAGGUGCAGCCCCAGUGUGGAAGGGCGGUGGGCUUCUCUUCGGGCACGGAAAACCCGCACGGAGUGAAGGCCGUCACCAGGGGGCAGCGCUGUGCCAUCGCCCUGUGGUUCACCUUGGACGCCCGACACAGCGAGCGGGACAGGGUGCAGGCAGACGACCUAGUGAAGAUGCUCUUCAGCCCAGAAGAGAUAGUCCUCCCCCAGGAGCAGCCCCAGGAAGGCCAAGAGGUCCCCACACAACCGGGAGAGGAGCCUCUGUCUGGCAGCACAUCAGGGCACAAGGAUGAGCUCUGACAGUGUCCAGCUCACUGUGGGCAGGUGACCUGACCCACCAGGAGGACCCCUGGCCUGCACCCUGGACUGGCCAGCCCCGGGCUGUGGAGCAGAAGAGAACCUGCAUCUGCUGCUCAGCUGAGGGGACCUUGCCCACAGCCCUCUGCACGGUGCUACUGCUCUCAGAGUGGACAUGGCAGGAUGACCCUCUCCCCUCUGGACUUGGGUGAGGGCUCAGGACACAGGCCCAGAGCCACCCCUGGGGCCCUGCACAGGCAGCCGCGUGACAACACUACAGUAUUUAAGUGUCUGUGUAGACAACCAAAGAAUAAAUGAUUCAUGUUUUUUUA